UGGCGGGUUGGUUUGAUUCUUCUCCAAGGUUGAAGCCCCGGGACCAGGUGCAUAGAUAGCAUCUCUACUUUGCCCUCCAAGUGAGCAAGCAUCUGAUGAUCUGAACAAAACGUUCACUCGUUGAUCAAUCAGGUUUAGACUAUAGAUACAGAACGAACAUUGGACAAACAUAGCAACAAGCACCAUCUCCAUACAUACAACACUGGACGACUCCAGACAGCAACAAGCGUAUCGAUCAUACUCAUGGCCCAACAGAUGCAGAGCAGCCAGCCUGUUCCUGCUCCUGCUCCUGCUCCUGCUCAUAUCAAUCAUGGAGGAGGAGGAGAAGAGAGCAAGCAGGAGCAGCUGCUGGCCGAAGUGGUGGAGGUGUCCAAGGCCAUCAAGGACGGGGCCGACAGCAAUCUGGCUGACUGGGAGGAUCUGCUGGAAAUCUCCAAGGUCCUAGACAAGAUCACCAUCAAGAUCUCACCAAAAGAUGAUGGCAAGAGGGAGGAGGAGCUCCACGUGAGCAAGAGGGAGGAGCUGGCGAUGCUGUUGCCCACCAUCAAGCGCGCAUUGGAGCAACGCAAGCAGCCACAGCGGCAGCAUCCUCCUCCUCCCGAUAAGAAGGUGCUGGCGGCGAGCGGUUGCUACCCCUUCAAGUCCCGGUCGUCGCCGCAGCAGCAAGGAGGAGGCGGCGGCGGCGGCCAAGAAGAAGAAGAAGCAACCGUGUCACUGAAGCUGCUGCUACGGCUGACCGAUAACGUGCUGCAGCCUGUGCAGUACUACGAGUGGACCACGAGCUACGUCGACGAGAGCAGGAUCUACGGCUGGGACAAGGACGCCGGCCAUGUGGUGGACGCCCUCGUCGGCCCGGAGGACGGCGGCGGCGACAAACGGCUGUUCCGUGCGGCCGGCAUCGCGGGCAUCCAUGGGAGCGGCAAGACGGCGCUGGCGCAGAAGGUGUUCGUGCACGGGAGGGUCAAGGACAAUUUCCCGCUCCGCCUCUGGGUCUGCGUCGGCCCGCCGGACUCCGAGGACAGGUUCGACCUCCUCUACCGCAUGCUCGACAACCUCGGCCUCGACACCUACAAGGUGGAGAGCAUCGUCGGCGACUCCAAAGUCGUCAGAGAUGCCACUAGCAAAGAGGAGAAAAGGAUCCUCAAGGACGAUGCCGCCGCCGUAGAGGACAUGAAGAAAAAGGCCCGCGAGAUGGUCGCCGAAGAGGCUUUGAAGAAAAGCAAGGAUGCAGCCAAAAAGCCCGACGAUGCCACCAAGGAGAAGGACGAGGCCGCCAAGAAGCCCGACGAUGCCACCAAGAAGAAGGAGGAGGCCGCCAAGAAGCCCGACGAUGCCACCAAGGAGGAGGAGGAGGCCGCCAAGAAGCCCGACGAUGCCACCAAGGAGGAGAAGGAGGAGGCCGCCAAGAAGCUCGAUGAUACCACCAAAGAGGAGGAGGAGGCAGCCAAAAAGCCCGACGAUAACACCAAGGAAGAGGAGGAGGCCGCCAAAAAACCCGACGAUGCCACCAAGGAGGAGGAGGAGGCCGCCAAGAAGCCCGACGAUGCCACCAAGGAGGAGGAGGAGGAGGCUACGAAGAAGCCUGACGAUGCCACCAAGGAAGAGGAGGAGGCCGCCAAGAAGCCCGACGAUGCCACCAAAGAGGAGGAGGAGGCCGCCAAAAAACCCGACGAUGCCACCAAGGAGGAGGAGGAGGAGGCUGCGAAGAAGCCCGACGAUGCCACCAAGGAAGAGGAGGAGGCCGCCAAGAAACCCGACGAUGAUGCCACCAAGGAGGAGGAGGAGGCCGCCAAGAAGCCCGACGAUGCCACCAAGGAGGAGGAGGAGGAGGCCGCCAAGAAGUCCGACGAUGCCACCAAGGAAAAGGAGGAGGCCACCAAAAAACCCGAUGAUGCCACCAAGGAGGAGGAAGAGGCCACCGAGGAGGAGGAGGAGGCCGCCAAGAAGCCCGACGAUGCCACCAAGGAGGAGGACGAGGAGGCCACCAAGAAGCACGACGAUGCCACCAAGGAGGAGGAGGAGACCGCCAAGAAGCCCGACGAUGCCAUCAAGGAGAAGGAGGAGGCAACCACGAAGCCCGACGAUACCACCAAGGAGAAGGAGGAGACCGCCAAGAAACCCGACGAUGCCACCAAGAAAAAGGAGGAGAUUGCCAAGAAACCUGACGAUGUCAUCAAGAAGGAGGCUGCUGCCGGCCAAAAUACCAAGGAACAGGAGGAUCUUAUGUUCAAGAAACUGCUCAAGGAGAAGGCUGAGGACUGCCCCGCAGUACAGAAAUCCAAAAUCGGGGUUUUGCUGUACAUCCUACACGUGACGCUGUCCAGGACGGGCUACCUGAUCGUGUUCGACGACAUCCGGGUGUACGGCGACGACGGCUGGUACAGCAACCUGACUCUGCCGCCGCCGCCGGAGGGCGAGUGGGGGGACCGCCUCGCCUACGGCCUGCCCAAGGGGAACCACAAGAGCGCCGUGCUCGUCACCUGCCGGAAGGAGGACGACGCCAGGGCCAUGGUGCGAACCGGCAGAGUCUUCCGCCCGCCCAAGCUCGAGCUGGAAGACGGCUGGAAGCUCUUCGAGAAGGAGUACAACAAAGCCAAGGAGAACCUCAAGAAGGAUGGCAAAGAUGCCAAGGGGGAGGACAUGCUCUUCAAGGACCUGGAGCAGAUGAAGAAGGAGAUAGUGAACAAGUGCCUUGGCCUGCCGGUGGCCAUCGCCGAGGCGGCCAGAGGCUUCGCCGCCCUCGAGCCCUUGCCGGAUCCUAGUCCGCAGGAACAAGCAGCAGCAACAACUAAACCUGCAGAGGAUCAGACCGUGAGUAGUAAGAAGGACAAGCAGGCUGAAGAAGAAGAGGCCUCUGAUAAGUCUGCAGAUUAAUAAUUAAGUAGCUAAAACCUGCGUUCCGUUGCUGUCAAGUGUGCUAUGAAUUAGUAUCCCAUCUUAAUAAGCUAUGUAUCGUUCGCGUUAGCAUACGUGGCAUCGCUGCUGUGCAUGUACCGAUCGAUUCAUGCCAGCGUCUUCUUCCCUCACUGUUUUGGGCUUGUGCAACUCUGCAUGCAUGCUUGUGCGUGAAAGAUAUAUA